UCUGUCUGGCAGUUCAUGGCACUGUCUGCUGCUGGUAACACCUCUGGUAUGCGAAAGAGCAACAGCGGCUCCUUGUGUGAGAGCCACAAAGUUAUGCCGCCCAACCCUGGCGAUCGACGCACGCGCACCACACUCAUUUCAAAUAUGGCCACGAAUGGUGUUGCUGGUGUGGUGUGUUCUGCCAAAGAAGAUGUAAAGCUAGAAAAAUACGACGUAUGUAAACAAAAUGGGAAACCCGUAUUUACGGAAAGAAAAAAUGGCCUCAUUCGGGAUAUGCAAGAUGUCAAGAAAGUUGAUGAACUAUUUAGUAAGGAAAAGCCAAAAAGAUCGAAAGAGUCUUUCGAACAGGUGCCACUAUAUACAGCUAUUAUGACAUUUAUAGGAUUUUAUUUAUUAAUGUUUCUCGGCUAUUUCAACCAAAUUUUUUUCACGCCAAAAGUUGCCAAGGAGAAAAGCAACAGAGAGGGCUAUGCACCAUUAUAUGACAGAUUUGAGAGCUUUUACUUGCUCUAUGUGUAUCGCAGAGUGCGUGAUUGUUGGAAUCAACCAAUUUGCAGUGUUCCUGGUGCUGAGGUCACGUUAAAAGACAGAAUUACGAGGGAUUAUGGGUGGACAUUUGAGUUUACAGGUACUGAAACACAGUGCCUAAAUUUGGGCUCUUACAAUUACCUAGGAUUUGCUGAAAAAACAGGCCCAUGUGCUGAUGCUGCUGAGAAGUCUAUAAAUGAAUGUGGCAUCUCCACAUGCAGUCCUGUACAAGAGAUAGGUACAACACCAUUGCUCGUGGAACUGGAGCAAACAACAGCCAGGUUUCUCAGAGUAGAAGAUGCCAUUGUUUUUGGGAUGGGCUUUGCAACUAAUGCUCUUAAUUUACCCAGUAUUGUAUCAAAAGGAUGUUUGGUGCUCAGUGAUGAGAAAAACCAUGCAUCUCUUAUUUUGGGUUUACGUCUUUCUGGUGCCACCAUCAGAGUCUUCAGACACAACAAUGUGAAACAUUUGGAAAAGUUGCUGGAAGAUGCCGUUGUUUAUGGACAGCCUAGAACAUACAGACCAUGGAAAAAAAUAUUGAUAGUCGUGGAAGGAGUUUUUAGCAUGGAGGGAUCAGUAGUACACCUGCCAGAAAUCAUAAGAUUGAAAAAGAAAUACAAGGCUUACUUAUACUUGGAUGAAGCACACAGUAUAGGAGCGAUGGGAGAAAGAGGAAGAGGGGUGUUAGAUUACUAUGGCUGUGACCCAAAAGAUGUUGAUAUUCUCAUGGGGACAUUCACUAAAAGUUUUGGUUCUGCUGGAGGGUAUAUAGCAGGAUCAAAGAAACUUAUCAGUUAUCUUCGUGUGCACAGUCAUGCUGCAUGUUAUGCAGCAUCAAUGUCACCACCUGUUAUUCAGCAGAUACUCACCUCAAUGAAAAUAAUAAUGGGCGAAGAUGGCAGCAGUGAAGGAAUGAGACGCGUUAAGCAGCUGGCAAAUAACACGAGAUAUUUUCGUCGUAGAUUAAAACAAAUGGGAGUUAUUAUUUAUGGUAAUGAAGAUUCUCCCGUUGUCCCGUUACUGGUGUACAUGUUCUCAAAAAUUGGAGCUGUGGUUCGAUCUCUGAGAGCAAGGAAAAUUGCAACUGUUGGUGUAGGAUUCCCAGCCACGCCUCUAAUGGAAGGUCGCAUUCGUUUCUGCCUUUCUGCAGCACACACCAAAGAACAGCUAGAUGCGGCACUGAAAGUGAUUGAAGAAAUUUCUGACAAUUUGGGAUUAAGAUAUUCACAGCUUCCUCGCGAGAAAGGCACCAUUCAGUAUGGAGAUGAAGCAGUGGAAUGAACAUAGGAAAACUGUUUUUAUGAAUAUGCAUUUAUUGCUCCACCAGAUGUGUUUCAGGUUAUGCUUACAGUAAUCACAAACUAACUUCCCAAUAGACAUGUGCGACGUAUAUUCAGCAUAUUCAUGGCACAUUGUUCAUACUGUGGUUGGUGUUGCUUUUGCUGAUCCUGCUGGUGCACUUCAGUGAUAGUUCCAUUGGUUUACUGUCAUAACCUAUGAUACAUAUCAAAAAAAGUGUAAUUUAUAUCUUCACAUUUUAUAUAAACUGUGUGUUUUUGUUGUGUUAUUUAAUACAGAGUCUGCCUUUGUAUGAAAUAAGCUGUUUGCAGCACCAUGCAUUUCUUGUUUUUUUUUUUUAUGAAUCUGUUUGUGUUAUUUGCAGUUUUUUUUAUUAUUGAGUGUAAUUUGUCCACAAAUUUUCCAGCUUGGAAUUGAUGUACAUAUACAUAUAAGUUCUAUGAACUUUGUAUCCAUGUAUUUUUAAAUUUUUAUGCCUUUUUGAAGUAUAUGACAUGUUGUUUAACUGAUACCCAUAUAGUGCAUAUUUGGAUUGACUGAAAAAAAUAUUGAGUGAAAGAUUGCAGUGCAAUGCUGUACUGUAAAAGUCUAGAAAAUUAUACUAAAGUAUUAUAGAAAUGCACAACUCUAAUGUUUGUAAUUCCUGUUUUGAAUGUGUGUUCAGUUCUGAGUCUCAUCAAGAUAGAUAUAUAUAUUUACAGUAUGAAAUUGUUCUUUAUUGUGGAAGUAAAAGUUCUAGCUGGAAGACUGUUUUGUUGCUCCUUUGUUUUAAUUAUGUAAAAUACUUUUUAUGGAUUUGCCCUUUCUUUUUUAAAAUUGUAUACUGGAUGACAAUACUUUCCUUAAUGGUGCCUGUGUGAUCAAAAUGGUCGUAUAUUACAAUUUGAGAGAGCUGAAAAUUGGUAUGAUAGUGAAAAUGUGACAUUGGAUAUGUUCCUUAAGAAUUCGGUGUAGAUUCUUAAUUAUGUGCAUGUUGAGCAUGCAUCCAUUACAACUGGUGACUUGGCUGGUUUUGUGCUUGUAUGUUAGUUUCAACAGUCAUUAAUUAGCAGAGUAAACCAGUUUCUGUUAUUGGUCUGACGAACUUUUUGCCACUAGAUUUAGAAUGCGUCUGUGAUAGAUAGGUCCACAGAAGUCUACAUUUAAUUUUGUGGAGUGAUACUGGAGGAAAUUAGAUUUAGAUGAGGUGCACAAUAAAGUUAAUGUAAUUUUUCGUGACACAACACAGUGUUUGUUAUAGAACACCACCCUGCAGAUCUGUAUGUGUAAAAGCUUAGUUUCUCCCUUUGCUGUUUCAUUGGCAGUUUCUAAUCAAGAAUUCAAAGUUUAAGCCACAUAGAUUCUUGAAGAUCAUUAUUUUGCAAGACUGAAUUGAUUGUGGUAGGAUUUAUCAGCUUAGUAUUCAUCUCUGGCAGUGUUCUGUUUUCCAUAUACUUAUUUUUGUGUCUCCUGGUAGUCUUUUUAAUGCAACUAAUCUCUUUUUAUAAGAGUAUGGUUUUUGGUCAGAUAAGUCUUCCUACAAAUGACAAGACCCACAAAAGCUACAUUGAUAUUUGGUUCAAGUCAUUUUAAUAAUAAAGUUGGAGGGAAAUGUUGCAUUUUAUGUGGAUGGUGUGUGUACAAAAGGGGAUCCCAUUGGUGUGUGUCUCACAUUGGUAUGGACUAGAGACUCGAUUGUGCAGAAUUUGAGAGGUAACUUUUUUUGUGUAAUGGUCACUUGUGAGGACAUUGGAUAAGUGUCCACAUUUGGGACAGCAUAUUAUCUUAGUUGAAAGUAAGGAACAGAAAGAAAUCAAAUUUUCCAUUCAUCAACUACUGUAUUGUCAUCUAACUUGAUUAGAUUCAUUCUGAGCAGGUAACAUGGAAAAGAUGGAGUAUCAGAAGUCAUAUAAUGAAGAAAAGUGCCUCAAAAAGUUGACUUGAAAACACUGAACUUUUCGAACUGUUAUAGUGCAGUUAAACACCAACCAUUUUAAAAAUAUUUGCAACACAUUUACUGCGGUCUGAAGCUGGCUCUUUAAGUACAAUACUAAGGCUAUUUCAUGAAACACACACAAUAAUCCAGUGGUUGUGGUAUUGACUUCAGUUUUAAACAGAUGUAACAGGAAUUGUUCUACAGGCUUUAUAUGAAACUUCACUCAAGUCAUCACUGCCAAAGAUCUCUGUGUUUUAAAAUUUUUCUCGUGGAGGAUGCACACAUAGUAGUAGUUUAAAAAGUGUGUGUCUUUUGCUAAUGGUUUUCUAAUAUAACUGAAAAGCUCAACAACUGACUGUGGCAGUUCUUGUGGCACAACACUGAGAAUCAUGUUCCAUUAAGCAGUGUGGUUCCGUCUCUCAGUCCACGAUACGGAAAUGCGUUUUAUGGUACGAAACAUGAGCUGUAUAUUGUGCUACAUUUGAAAUACAGUAUUACCCCAAAUGAGUAGCUACUUACUCAUUUGCAUUUUAAAUGUUUUGAAUCUAAUCAUAUUUCCUUUUCCUAACUUGGGGUCCCUUCACAAAUCUUGGUAAUUUUCAUGUUCAACAUAACAAGAGUAUUUGUGCAGUGACCUUUCAGUAUUCUGAGAACCUGAAAAUUGCUUACUGAAAUCAGCUUGUGAAGCAGUAAUUCAUUUUACCUUUGAAGCAUUCCUUUAUUGAAAUAGCAAAUAGUUAGUUGUGUGAGGAUGGGCUUUUAGUCUCAGAAGUGCUGUCACUCAUGUAUCUAGUCUAAUUAACUGAGUUUAAUAAUGUUCAUUGUUACCAAAAAUGCAGUAAAUGACUGCUUGUAUUAAGAGUUUUGAUUAUAUAAUUUAUACAGUUACUGUCUGUGUUUUCAGUCAUUCACUGCAGCCAGAUGUGUGUAUUAUACUAAAGUUAAAUUUUAUGUAACGUGUGUUCCAGUGUUAAGUUUGGUAGAGAAAUAUGAGUGCAUUCGAAAGCAAGUGUUGAAACUUUGGGAAUGUAAGUGGGUGUGUGUUAGUAGAUAUUUUAAUCAUCCUAUACUGCAGUAUGGUCACAGAAUUGAAUCGAACUGAACUGGAGUGUGGAAACUGUGGUGAACACUAGUUCGUAUUUUACGUUUAAUAUUGCUGUGCAAUGAACUGUAUACUGGGUUGGAGAGGAUGGUUGUGUGGGGAGGGGAGUGAUGGCUGGCAAACAGAGUAAAAUAUGAAAGAUUAAUCUUGAUGGGACAAAAAAAUUUGAAACUCAAUUUACUUAUUGAUCUACAAGAAAAUAGGAAAUGUGGCAUUUAUGUUCCAAGGGUUUGUUAAGAACAGUUGGAAGAAACAGUACAUACAUUUGAAUGUGCUGUGGUUGUAAUUUGUGUGUCUGCUUAAAACUACAACUUUUUAAAAGGAAGAAAGGAUGAUAAACAGGGAGAGAUUAAUCACAUUGUAUAAAGCAGUUCAGUAGCCAAACUCACACUUCACGUAAGAAACUUUGCCGUAAAAAUUGUUUUACAAACUUUGCUGAUUUAGUUCCUUGACUCAAUUUUGAUUGAAAUCUACUGAUCUAGUUUUAUGAGUUUAUUAUGAUUGAUUGAAUAAUUGGUUUGACAAUUUCAUACAUAUUUUUGGCUCCUCUUGGCUUCGAAUAUUCUUUACUUUCUUCUUCUUCAUCCAACUACCUGUUUUUGUUAAUGUUGGGCUAUAAAACACUGGUUUAAUUGAAUUGAAUUACAUGUUAUUGUGUACGAAGUAUUUUCCUGUAAUUGGGGAGACUUGUCUAUCAGUACAAACCGAGGUUAAAAGAACUGUGAAAAAUUAUUAAGAUAUCUGAGAAAAAAAUCAGGGGACCAUAUGUUAAUUUCAGGAUAUGUUACAAAGUAUAAAGGGAGAAAGUUUAGAAUAUAUAAAGAAGAACUGUGACCAUCGGUAGAAAGGAUUAUUAUUCAAUUUUAUUUCUGUUGAGUUUCUAUAGUUGAAAAAGACUGGGAAUUUUUGCAUUAAAAUAACUGUUUUGAAAUAUGUUCUGUUUCUAGUAUAAAAUCAAAAUUUUUGUAUUUAUUCAGUCUGCCUUUUUUAAUAAGAAAAGUCAUUUUGUAAUUUUGAAACCUAUGCAUGAACAUAACUGUGAUAUUGAUUCCUGAUGUAAUGUUGUGCCUUGUGCAACAGAACAUAGCAAAAUUAACUUUGUUACAGAGUAUUAAAAUGGAUGUUCAGCAAUAUGGUACAGCCUCAGGAAGAAACAAUACAAACAUUUGAAUGUGCUUUGUAAGUGCUUCUUUUUAUCGCUUGGAAUUAUUUAUAUCUCAGUUAAUAGACCAAGGAGCUGUAGUGUACAAGUAAAAUUUCUCACUUAUCACAGCAGCAUACUUUGUUAUACAACUUUGUAAGAAGAAAAAUUGAAUUAAAAUAAAUUGAAAUUUGUUAUGUUGUAA